AUGACAAAUGGAGGCGGGCACCCCCACUUCAGCAAUGGAGGCCAGGGUGGGGGAUCCCAAAGCACUACGCGCUACAUGCUGAAGAAACAGCAGCGCCACAGACGCAGGUCCUCCUCUCCUAUGGGCAGGGUCAUUCUCAUCAAUGCACCUGUAGAUGGAGGAGACGACAGUGAAGAUAUUCACACAGUGACGGUCAAUAAGAGCCCAGAUGGGCGUCUUGGCUUUAGUGUCCGUGGGGGAUCCGAACAUGGACUUGGUAUAUUUGUCAGUAAGGUGGAGGAUGACAGCACAGCAGCACAGGCUGGGCUCACCGUGGGGGAUAAGCUGGUGGAGGUGAACGGAGUCAGCCUGGAGAGCAUCACCAUGAGCAGCGCUGUGAAGGUCCUGACAGGAAACAACAGGCUGAGGAUGGUGGUGAGGCGUGUAGGAAAGAUCCCCGGCAUCCGCUACUCCAAGGAGAAGACCACAUGGGUGGAUCUAAUUCACAGAAGGAUGGUGGUAGAGGAGAACGGUCGUACGCCGUCAGAGGCCAGCUCAGACAGCGCUCUCCGCCGGAUUGUACAUCUCUUCACUACAUCAGACGACUACUGUCUGGGCUUCAACAUCAGAGGCGGCAAAGAGUUCGGACUUGGCAUUUAUGUCUCAAAAAUGGACCCAGGUGGGCUUGCAGAACAGCACGGCAUCAAAAUGGGAGAUCAAAUCCUUGCAGCAAAUGGGGUGAGCUUUGAGGACAUCACCCACAGCAAUGCAGUGGAGGUCCUGAAAAGCCACACUCACGUCAUGUUAACCAUCAGGGAAGUUGGAAGAUAUCCCGCAUACAAGGAGAUGGUGGCAGAGUAUGGCUGGCUUGAUAAAUUAGCCAACGGCGGCCCUGCACUGUCCUCUCAGGGUUCAGACUCCAACUCCUCUGUGUCCUCGCUGUCCUCCAGCACGCCUGUCAGCUCCCUCAGUGGUCUCUCUCAGGUCCUUUUCCCUCCGGUUUUUCGCUCAGAAAUGGUGGACGUGGCCAUCUGCACAGAGGAUCGCUCCCGACGUCAAAGCAGCACAGAGCGGACAGCAGACACUGCCAUACAGACUGACCCCCCAGCCGCAGACUUUAUGGACUAUUCUCCUCCUAACAGGCUGGAUCCUGACCGGCUGGUCGGCACAGAAACCAGUCGGACUGUAGGGGAAACUAUGCUGCUGAAGGACACGGUCAUACGCGGGAAAGGUGAGGGGCCGAGGGACACGGGAGGGGCCAAAGAGUUGGGACGGGGCCGAGUGAGGACACCGUCCACCCGGGAGAGGGACGCUGAAAAACAGUCGCCUAAAACAGAAGCUCUGAUGGCCCUGAGCAAACCACGAAAGCCAAUCCGACGUUCCCAGAGCCACAUCACUGUGUCAGAGAAGAAGAAAAAAGGGCAACAGAAGCAGAAAGACUCAGCAGAUGGUAAAACAAACCUGCAGCGCUCCAAAACCUUUGUCAACCUUUUCUUCAAGAAAGACCAUAAAGACAAGAGUCGCUCGAGAUCUCCGUCUUAUCAUCCUAACGAAAAAGAGCGAAGUCGUCCAUUCCAGCUCUUUACUUCCCCGAGGGAAUCCCGCGCCGGCAGCCCACUGCCCCAUCAUGAGAUGCUGCAGCAUGUGGAGGACAUGUCAAAGAAAUUGCUCAGUCCAGACGAGGUUGCUGCAGUGAUGAGACAUUGUCGGCGGUUUUUGUCUGACAAUGUGAUUGAGGAUUUGGUGCGCCCCCUGCUGGCAAUCCUGGAUAGGCCAGAAAAGCUGCUUUUGCUCAGAGAAAUAAGAAUGCUGAUACCCACGACUGAGUUGGGUCGUUUUGACAACCUGGUGAUGCCGUUUGAGCUGGAAGCGUAUGACAUCCUCAAGAGUCGCUCUAUACGCUCGCCGGCUCUUCGGUCACCUCGCAGUGGAACUCCUCGGCGUCACCUCAUCACCCCAAUCCCAGACUUCAGAGGUGGAUUUUACCUCCAGCCAAUUCAUGACGCACACCAUGAGCGUCAGCUGAUGGAAGACUUCGAGAGACUUCGUCUGGCCAGCCAACAGACAGGUCACCUGCCACCUUCCCGUGCCUUCACCCCUCUGCUGGACGUGCCCGUCGAUAACUAUGCGUCUUCCACUGCGCGCUCACGAACCCCAAGCCCCAGUCACAGUUUCCUCCUCUCAGGGUCUCCUCACAACACCCAGCCUGGACGUCAACCUCAGCGCUCCCCGAACAGGAGAGAGAAUGGGACACCGAGGUACGACCAGGUGUCCUUGCUGUCUGUGUCAGACCGUGGAGACGCUGCUCCUGAGCGUGGGAGAUCACCUGUGAGGAGCAGCCAUGGCAGAGGGAGGAGGGAAGAGAGUCCUGACAGCAUAUAUGGCAGACAGAGCAGGCAGGAUGGCUACACUGAGGUCAGUGUGCGGGUUCCCUCACAGCGGAGAGGGAGAACCCCUCUAGCUGAUGUGUUUGAUCCCCAGAGAGAGAGAAGCCCCUCCUCACGCCGAGGGAGUAGCCUGCAGGUAAACGGACACUUUCAAAAUGGUCAAGAAAGAAGAGGAACUCUGCCAGAUGAGGACUAUGAAAUCACGACACUCCCCAUCUCCAAGGCCAAGCAAUCGCUAGGUAUCAGCAUCUCUGGGGGUAUCGAGUCUAAGAUCCAGCCUGUAAUAAAGAUUGAGAAAAUUUUUCCAGGAGGAGCUGCCUCUACAAAUGAGGCUCUGAAGGCAGGGUAUGAGCUAAUAUCCGUCGACGGAGAGAGUCUGCAGGGAGUAACUCAUCAGCACGCUGUGGACGUCAUCCGCCGUGCCUUCAGCAACAAGGCCAAAGACCCGAUGGUUUUCGUGGUCAAGGUCCCGAAGGUCCCCCUCGUCCCCCCGGAGCUGUGAGACCUGCUGAGUAGACGCUGUGCGCCUGGCCAGCAGACUGCUGCUGAAGCAUAAAAGACAGUGAAACCUUCAACUCCUGACGGAAACAAAGCGAAACAAGCAGAUUGUAGCAUAGUUUGUCAGAA